AUGACCGAACCCUCGCAAGAGUCCAAACUAGAAACAUUUCGGCAAGAGUUAUUUGACGAGGAUAUUCUCCACGACGGCGACUCGAUUGGAACUGACGACGAAACUCUCAAGUAUGUAUUGCAAAACAUUGACGUUUCACGAAUGUUCAUCAAGUAUUUCAUGUCAAGGCGUUUUCUUCGCGCUCGGAACUAUGAUCUGGUACAAGCAAAGAAGAUGUUUCGUGAUGCGCAGCAUUGGCGCAAGACCGUCGAAGGAGUAGGGAUCGAUGAGUUGUACAAACAGACAGACCCUUUCGACGUGGGAUACAUCCUACCUUUCGCUGAUUUCGACUUCUCUGACUCUAUCAAUGUUUGUAGUAUCCGGAGCGCAAGGAGGUUUUCGAGUGUUGGCCUAUGUGGUGCGUCUAAUCCCAUCGCACUUGCAUAUCGCAAUCUAACGAUACUAGGUUCCAUAAGGUACGCAUAG